AUGGCCUUUGGUCAUCCAUCUUUCACCCUGCUCGGUCACCUUGCUCGGUCACAUUCCACUUUAGGGGCUCUUUCAAGCGACCCCAUAUUAAUGCCAGAGCGUGCCCUCAUGCCAACACCAAUGUUCCUGGAUAGUGUGCGCGAGUUCUCACCAAGCCGACGACUUCGAAACAACUGCGGUUCCACUCUUACCCUCCGUCCCUUUCCAUUUGCACACAAGCCUAACAUUGCUCGGUCGCAUGCCACGUGUGCUCUUCGAACUCUCACUUCUCGAAUCAUGAAGGAUGAGGGUGGGCCAUUGCUUAUGGUAGAGGAGUAG